GUAUUGGAUUGUAACGUUAUGAAACAUGAAUAAUUUUGCAGUCAAAAUGUGAUGCUUUGAUUCGGCAUAUCGUCAUUUUUAAUUGGCUGUGUGCCGUUCUGCGACAGCCUGCCUUGUGUCCUGUGCUGCCUGAGAUAAGCUCCAGACCCUGCCUAUGAAGUUUGAAGAUGGAUGGAUGAAUAAUUGUUGUUAUAUAGUUACAUAUGAGCCACUUGUGCUAAUGGGUUAACCCGUUAUUUGUCGCUAGUAGGAAUAUUUUUUGAUGAAUAUUUAAGGAAUAUAAUUAUUUACCAGAACUGAAGUUUGAAGGAGAAUUUAAUUGUAAUUUAAGCUAAAGUUUUGUAAAAUGGGCAGCAAGGUGGCUUAGGGAGUAACACUGUUGGCCUCAGAGCUUCGGGACGGUGGCUGUAAAUCCUGCUGGAGUUCUGUGCUUCUGCAGCUGGCUUGUUCUCUUUUGCAUGGCUGUCUUCCAGUAUGUUAAACUGCUCUAUACGGCUGUCUGUGAGCCCUGUGAUGGUAUGGUAUCCCAUCCAGGACGUACUCCACUGCAACCCGACACUGGAUUAUUAGUUAAGGAAAAUACACCCAUUUGUGAAUUAAAUAUGUCAAUGUAACAGUAUGGAGGUGCAGUGGUUUGCACCGUUGGCCCACACUUCUGGGACCCGGGUUUGAGUCUCUGCCCCACCCCAUGUGUGCGGAGUCUGCAUGAUCUCAUUCUGGGGUUUUCUCUCAGGACUCCUGUUUCCCUCUACGGUCGAAAAACAUGGGAAACUGGAGAUGUUAAACUUUGAAUUGUGUUUACCCUACAAUGGGUUGGUGCACAUCCUCUAUUGAAGUACAGAUGCUCCUCUACUUACCAAUUUUCACACAUAUGAGCGAAGAGGACUGCAAGUAAAAGUUGUGUUCCUCGGGCUCCCGUUUCCUGUCCGCAACAUCAAUUUUUUUUUCUGCGUGCCAGUUCCGCCCAGUAUGACUCCCGGCUGCUAUUCCUGCUCACAGCAUCAUAGUUUUUUGUACUUGCGUAUACCCUUAAAAUGAUGUUGAAUAACGACUUACGAACAUUUCAGGUAUCUCAUUCAGACAUAGAAAUGUUCCUGGAAACAGCAGGCAACGUGUGUUUGGUCAUCCUACUCUCAUUGGCAGAUGUUCUGAGUCAGAAUGGAUGGUAUGUGAGUUACCCCUUACGAUCGAUAUGUAUGACGACUGGGAAUUCAGUGGACAUACCCUGCUGGUACCGAUCUCCUGCCGGACAUAAAGUAAAUAGAACAUUCUGGUAUAAGGAUUGGGUGACGGGAGAUAUAGACCCCAAGGACCUUGCUGAUGACCCAGAGUAUAGCAAUCGAGUGGAGUACCUUGGAGAUAAAAAUCAGAAAUGUAACUUCAGAAUCAAACAAUUGAAACGAGAAGAUUCAGCAGAAUAUCAAUUUAGGUUUAUUACAGAAAGUUCUGAGAGAUAUGCUGGCAUGCCUGGAGUCAAACUGUUUGUUACAGAAGUGGCUGCAAAGCAGGAGCCGGAUUUUACAUUGACGCUGACCUGCAACACCGGCUGUCCACAUGGAGAUGUAACGUAUGCCUGGUAUAAAAAUGGGCACCAGCUACAGGGAGAAUAUUUGGAUAAUAUAUACAUUCACUACAAAGAAGAUACGAAGAACUACUCCUGUACUUUUCAAGACAGAAAAGGGUCCAGUUUAGAAGAAAGUAUCAAGGUUAACUAUACAAUGAUUGUCAAUCCCCGUGGUGAAAUAGCGGAAGGCAAUUCAGUCAUUCUGAUCUGCAGAAGCAAUAGCAGGAAUGCAGAAACCAGUUACAAAUGGUAUAAAAAGAACGGGAAUGACAGACAUGAGAUGAAAUCAUCAAAGACGUUGAUCAUCAAAGACAUCAAACCUGAGCACAGUGGGCACUACUUCUGCAGAUUAUGGACUACAGAUUCUCCAGUGGUGUACAUAAAUGUUCAGUAUGCCCCAAAAAACAUUUCAGUGAGAGCCUUUCCCUCUCUGAACGUGAAGGAACGUGAUUCAGUGACUCUGACCUGUGGUAGUAAAGCCAACCCAGAAGUUCAAACAUACACCUGGUUUAAGAAGAAUGGAGAGAAAAUCAUAAAGCUUGGUUCAAGGAAUAAUUACACCAUCACUAACAUCACCUCUAAGGACAGUGGACCAUACUUUUGUUUAGGAGAAAAUAAACAUGGGGCUAUUAACUCUACAUACUUAUCUGUGAAUGUACAGUAUGCUCCCAGAAAUCUCUGCGUGUCAGUGAGUCCUACUGGUGGAAUAGUGAUGGGUGAUUCAGUGGCUCUGACCUGCAGCAGCGACGCAAACCCACCAGCUAAGAGCUACCAAUGGUUUAAGGAUGAAAUCUUAAUCUCAUCAGGAGCAUCGGGGCAGAAUUACACAAUAAAUAAUAUCAAAUCUGAACACAAUGGACGCUAUAACUGCAGUGCAACGAAUGACGUUGGAUCUCAUUCCUCACCUGCUGUGUUUAUCUUUGUACAAAGAGAAACGGCAGCUGUCAUCGGGGCGACUGUGGGAAUUGCAGCUCUUGUGGUUCUUGUGGUUAUGGUGACACUGGUGUGGAAGAUAAGCAAACAUUCACAAUGUAAAAAAGAUACAAGAGGAGGCAUGCAGCGCGAGGACACUGCAAAUCCCGUGUAUGCCAAUAUCUCAGGGAUGGCUUCCAACGACACUGAAAUACAGGAGGAAUCGCUGUACUCCACUGCUCAGCAGGACAAAUCCAGAGACAGGGAACAGGUUCAGUACAUGAGUAUUUAUGAGCCUUGUGAUCCCAAUGUAGAUGAAGUUCAGUAUUCCACUGUUCAGUUCCUCCCCUCCAAAGUUACAUCUGGGACGCCAGUUCGAAUGCUUACAGACGCUUCUGCCAUCUACAGCACAGUUUCCAAACCUUGAAGUCUUUAUUUAACCUCAGCCCUUUUGCGGUACAUUAAGCUCCCCCCUCAGGCUCCUCCUACUUUUCAGAGACACCGCAUUCCACAGCUCUGAUCUCUGAACUAUGCCCUGAUUACAUGAUUAAAUGCUGCUGUCUCUCCGAUUUAUUAGGAUGAUCAGUUCUAGUGAGGAUGACUGCAAUUUUUCUCGGUCGCUUUGGUGCAUUUCUCGAAUCAUUAACAUUUCGGUACAUAGUCGGUCCAUUUCUCUAAACAGUCAGUGCAGACUGAUUACCUGAAAAAGCACAUUCCUUUGUCAGAAUUAGCUCAUGCCUUAAAAGUAAGCAUUCAUGUCAACGAAAGUCUCAGUACGAUCAGAAUGUCAAGUCAUUGCUCCAUUGUAUAUGAACAAGGUAGUCAGGUGACUCUCUCAUGUUGUCAUUAUGACAGUUUACUCUGUAGGUAUUAACUAAUGCACAGCAAGACUAGGAUCUUGCUAACACUGGCUGAAAAUCCAGCACUAAUUUUUUUUAUCUCAAAACCACAAAGUUAUACAUUAUUUUGUGAGGGUGAUUGCAAGAUACUUGAUAUGUUUCAAAAUGUUUACUGCACUGUACAGUUUCUACUGCAAUUUCAUUUCAAUUUCAAGAAAAAUAGGCUGACAUUGUUACAAUAUCCAAAAAAAAAGCCUUUUACAGUAUUGUGCAAAUGAAAA